AUGGGUGUUUCUGGAGCUCUACAAGUACGAUUGAAGGCACCCCGAAGUGACAAUAACAAAGCAGUUGUCCAAAGCUGGUGCCUUCCGGCGUAUGCAGUGACUAUGAGAUCCCCUAGUAUCAUGAUGGUAACAGGUGAGGACCUGGUGCUUAUCCGACAGCGCAUCGCAGAUGCACUAGCAAUUCAAGACGGGGAUGUUGUGGAUUUUGAUCUUGUGGAAUGGGGGGAAACCAUCCGUUUGCCUGUGAAAAUUAGAGACAACAUUGCCAGUGAUGUGCUGAUCCAUGAUUGGUUCACACUAGGGCUGGUAAAAAACUUUUCCGCCGACUCGAGCGGCGAGACAUUGACGCUACACUCAGGAAAGAUCAUAACCUUACCUAGGCAAGAAAUGUUUGCCGGUAUGAAGGUUUCUAAAUUUAGUGGUACUGCAAAGCUUUGUUUUGAUGGAGCGAGCCGAAACAAUCCUAAAGGUCCAACUGGAUAUGGUUUUCGGAUUACCCUGGUAGAUGAGAAACAAUCUGAGCUCGUACGUGGAUAUGGUUACGGAGGUAUGAAUCGUACAAGCAAUGAAAUGGAAUACUAUGGCCUGAUUGAGGGAUUCGUAUGGGCUUCUCGCCUUGAUCUAAAGGAUCUCAUCGUAUGCGGCGAUUCGGAGCUCAUUAUCAAUCAAAUGAAUGGUUCCUACCAAGUGAACGACCCGAAACUGCAAGCACUCGUUCAAAAGGCCAAACAUCUUGUCAACUUUAUGUCGGAACGACAAACAAAUGUGUCUUUUCGGCAUGUGCCUCGUGAGCAAAACACAAGUGCGGAUCUCCUUGCAAACUUGGGAAUCGAUACGAUGGAGAACAUGGUUGUGUGUAAUUGGGGAAAUGUCAAUCGGAAAAUGAAAGUGACACCAUGGUAG